AUGUCAUACGUGCCUGUUAAAGACUAUGACUCCAGAAGUGAGCCUGAUGACCACCUGGACAAUAUCCACCCUCGACGCCGACCAAAGCGCCAAUGGAACUACCUAAACAUUUAUCUGUCUGUCACGACCACCUUACUCUGCAUUCUACUCGUCAUCGACAUCUUCGCCUGGCACAGGAACCAGCCGACGACAACAAGAGUUACGAAUUCGGGGAAUGAAUUUGAAACCCAAUUCGGAAGUGAUGAGAGAUACAUGUCCCUAGAUCAUCAAUACGAUCAUCUCUGGAAAGAGGACCUGAGCGGCGGCGAGGAUAAGAUUGUCGAACUUGGCGACGGGCAGAACCUGGUUGAUGUGGAGGGGAAUGAUAUUGGCAGUCCUGCUUCUAUCAGCAUCAAUGCGGAAAGCACUCCAGGACGCGCGUGA